UGCGACGAGCUUUCCACAGCCGACUGGAUCACACAUUGCUGCCGGAAAAGCGGCGCGACAAACCGGUUCCGAUACCAUUCGACAGGUUGGCGUGUUUUUGCGGCAAAUGGUUUUCCCCCGACUGAUGAUGUAGCUGAAUGCCGUGCAGUUCGAAACGUUGCCCAGCUGGAUGCCACGAGGGUGGUCGACGUUCAACCGGGCCCUGCUACUGAAGGCGCUCAGAGGUGGGAAAUGGACCAAUUAGAGUCAUCACAACAUUGGCAACCCAGACAGUUGUGAUGCCCCAACUUUCCAGCAUAAACCAAGCGCAAAAAGCGGAAAAACUAGCCGGCAAUGGCCGUGUUGAUCAGUGACUGACCGCGCCCCGCCCACUAUGUCGCUAACCGAUGCAAUCAACGUGACCGCAGCCCAACAGCUGGACAUCAUCGACAACAAGGGCGUCCAGGUGCUGUUCUUCGUCAUCUACACGACGAUCUUCAUCGUCGGCCUCUUCGGCAAUGUGCUCGUGUGCUUCGUGGUGUUUCGCAACAAGGCCAUGCAAACUGUGACCAAUCUGUUCAUCACCAAUCUGGCCCUAUCGGACAUUCUCCUGUGCGUAUUGGCUGUGCCGUUCACGCCCCUCUACACGCUAUUGGGCAAAUGGGUGUUUGGGGGCGUGAUUUGCCACCUGGUGCCGUACGCGCAAGGGGCCAGCGUGUACAUUUCCACGCUUACCUUGAUGUCAAUUGCCAUAGAUAGAUACUUCGUCAUCAUUUACCCCUUCCAUCCGCGCAUGAAACUCUCCACAUGCGUGUUGAUCAUCGUGAUCAUCUGGACGUUCGCCCUUCUGAUCACCAGCCCCUACGGGAUCUACAUGCGACACAUGGAGGAUCCGAGCAACAUCAGCCGCUUUUUCUGCGAGGAAAAGUGGCCGGUGGAACAGUGGCGGCACGCCUUCGGAGUGAUCACUACCGCCUUGCAGUUCCUCAUCCCCUUUCUCAUCAUGGCCUAUUGCUAUAUUUGCGUGUCAAUUAAGCUGAACGACCGCGCCAGGCUUUUGUGCAGGUCCAAGCCGGGGUCGAAGAACAGCCGCAAAGAGGAGGCUGAUCGCGAGCGAAAACGCCGCACCAAUCGCAUGCUGAUCGCAAUGGUGGCGGUGUUUCUCAUCUCCUGGCUGCCCCUCAACGUUGUCAAUAUCUCUAACGAUUUCUACACGGAUAUGAUCAAGUGGGAGUACUACUUUCUCAGCUUCUUCCUAGUUCACCAGCUGGCCAUGUCAUCCACAUGCUACAACCCCUUCCUGUACGCAUGGCUUAACGACAACUUCCGCAAGGAGUUCAAGCAAGUGUUGCCCUGUUUCGACGCCUCUGGUCGACGCGCCCCCUCCACCUGCCGCUUCACCAAUUGGAAGUCCGAACGCACUUGCAACGGCAAUGAAACUCUUGCCAUCAACGAAACCCAGCAGGAAAGCCUGUUGCCGUCGCAGAUCCAUCGAGGCUCCUCGUUCAAGGAGAAAAAGCUGACACCGCCGCCGUUGAAAACUGACAGUGUUGAAAUUGAAAACAUCAUGGUGCCGAAUUCUACAGUGGAAUACGAUUCGAAUUUAGAAGUUGUGAAACUGAACCUGAUUUGCGAGGAGGAUCCGCCUGCCUAUAGCGAGAUCCACAAGACCACCCCGAGUUCGGACUGAGAUUAGCGCGAUCGGCUCGGAUUGCGCCGGCCCGUCAAUAGAUUAUUUAAUGUGCAGUGCCAACCAACAUUAUACCCCCACUAUAUAUGUAUAUAACGAAUAUUUAUAGAAUUAAACAGUGUUUUGUUUAGAAACA